AUAAUAAUAAUAAUAAUAAUAAUAAUAAUAAUAAUAAUAAUAAUAAUAAUAAUAAUAAUUUCAUCAAAUCAAAUAUCAAUUAACAAAGAAAUGAAACUCAUUACUUCAAAUCCAAAGCUGUGGAUCGUGAUCGGCGUUAGUGUCGCCGGUAUUUUGAUCGUCACGGCGGAAACACGGCGGCGUAGGAAAAACAGAAAGUUAACUGAAAGAGAAGAUUUCGGUGUUUUUAUUCAACGGUUUGAGCUUCUUCCGUUUCCUCAGCCGCCACCUCCCGCCGCUAAACAACUUCUUUCCGGCUUAUCUUUUGCCGUUAGUGAUGUCUUUGAUGUGAAAGGGUAUGUGACUGGAUUUGGGAACCCGGAUUGGAAACGAACGCACAAGGAAGCUGGGAAGACUGCUGUUGUUGUUACUGAUUUGCUGAAGAAUGGAGCUACUUGUGUAGGCAAGACUAUUUUGGAUGAGUUAUCUUUCGGGAUAACUGGAGAAAAUUUACAUUAUGGGACCCCGACUAACACAGCAAUGCCGUCUUAUAUUCCUGGUGGAUCUUCUAGUGGUUCAGCUGCUGCGGUUUCCGGGGAGCUUGUUGACUUUGCUGUUGGUAUUGAUACAAUUGGUGGAGUGAGAAUUCCAGCUUCAUUUUGUGGCGUCCUUGGGUUCCGGGCUUCACAUGGAGUUGUAUCUACUAUCGGGGUUCUCUCAAAUUCACAAAGUUUAGACACUGUUGGAAUAUUUGCUCGUGAUCCUUCUGUAUUGCAUCGUGUUGGACAUGUUCUUCUCAGGUUAAACCCAGUGGAACCUAGAAAGACAAGGCGCAUAAUUGUGGCAGAAGAUUUAUUUCAUCUUUCUAAAGUUCCUCAGCAUAAGACUGUAUAUAUUGUUAGCAAAGUAACAGAAAAGUUAUCUGGAUAUCAAGCACCAAAGAAUAUGAAUAUUGGCCAGUAUAUUUUGUCAAAUGUUCCAGGCCUAAAGUAUUUCCGUGAACAGACAUUGAACCUGCAAACUGGAACAAGUACUUUGAAAGCUCUAACUUCAGUAAUGUUGUUAUUACAGAGAUAUGAAUUCAAAACCAAUCAUGAAGAAUGGAUUAAUACGGUCAAGCCCAGGCUAUGUUCAAAUGUGUUUGAUCAUAUUCAUGCAGCGGUUACAGCCACACAUGAAAAUAUCAAGGCUUACUACAAGGUCAGGACUGAAAUGCGAGAAGCUCUACGUAGUCUCCUAAAGGAUGAUGGAAUUCUAAUUGUUCCUACUGUGGCUGACACUCCGUUAAAACUGAAGGCAAAGAAAUCUGCGCUAUCAGAAUUUCAUGAGUGGGCACUUCCUUUAUUAAGUAUUGCUACUAUGUCUGGUUGCUGUCAGGUUACUGUUCCUUUUGGAAAGCACCAAGAUUGUCCAAUCGGUGUUUCCUUCAUUGCAAAUCAUGGGUCUGAUAAGUUUCUUCUUGAUACUAUCUUGGAUUUACACGAAUCUCUACAAGGGCAAGUCAAUGCCGUCACCAAUUUGCCACCAUCAAUGGACUUGAAUGGCAACAUGGAUGCAUCUGAAUUGUUAAAGGAGAAGGGAAAUGCUGCAUAUAAGGGAAAACAAUGGAAUAAAGCUGUAGGUUAUUAUACUGAAGCUAUUAAGUUGGAUGAUACAAAUGCUACUUUCUACUGUAACCGAGCAGCUGCGUACUUAGAAUUAGCAAGCUUUAAACAAGCCGAGGUGGACUGCAGCAAAGCAAUAUUCCUUGAUAAGAAGAAUGUAAAGGCAUACUUGAGACGAGGCACUGCUAGAGAAUCACUCCUCUAUUACAAGGGGGCUCUUCAAGAUUUUAAGCAUGCGCUCGUCCUAGAACCUCAAAACAAAGCUGCCAAAGUGGCUGAGAAGAGACUACAAAAGUUAGCAAGUCGAUCUGCUUAGACUCCUUGCUUUUAAUAACUAAUUGCAUCAGAAGAUACUUCGAGUCUUGAGAGUUAACAAAAAAAAGAGGCAUCUCGAAAGUACUUUUGUAAUGGGUUUAAACUGGCUUCUUGGUGCCCCUUUUGUGAAUUUAGGAGAUGAUAAUUAGUUUUGUGGAUUGCUUGUUCAAACAUUAUCUUGCGAUCUAGAGUUCUAUGCUCUGCAAGUUUUGGUCUUUAUUUGAUUCGGGUUCCAAAUCAAAUUGCUAAUUUGAUUGUAAUUUUCACAGAAAUAAAAUUGUAUACAACGCUUAUGAAAACACAAUGGCUGAUGAGCUACUUACUCAUGCUUAUCAAAACAAAUGAUUGUAUGCUAUGUUAUGUCA